UUUUUUAAAAAUGCAUCAUGGUUGAUGGAAUCUACUUCUAUAACUAGCAAGCAAGAAGUGAUUUUUAAUUACACAAAUUAAAUAAAAAGUUGUGAUGAAAUGUACAUAAAAUUAAAUUCGAGGUGCAUAUAAUAUUUACUCAAAUAAAAAAUACAAAAUGAAAAAAUAAAUAUAUUUUUGAAAAUAAAGAAGAAGAAAAAAGGAAAAGGAAGAAUAGUCCUCUUUAUCACAUACCACAAAAAUAACAAGAAAAUAAUGACAGUAUAAUUACAAGUGCUGCAGUAGCAAAGGAGAGGAGGCCUCAAACCUACUUUGAUUUUUCCAAAAGGAAGAAAAAAAGAAACUGAGAAAACUACUGUUCACCCUUCAAAAAUCUACUACCACUCACCUUAUGUUUACUCUUUUAUUGGAUCCUCCUCAAUUAACAUCAAAACCUACUGGUGAGGAGUUGGAAAAGAAUCCACCAAAUCUCUCUUACUAAAAUUUUUCUUGCUUCCAAGAAUUUACAGUCAAACCCAGAGAUGCUGAAUCUCUCUGGCUUUCUGUUUUUCCAAAUUAAAUUUACUAUGAGUUUUUUAAGAUUUGAAGCCUACAUCACAAUCUGAGAAGUCCCAAAACCAUCUGUUUCUUGCAAUUCAAACCACACCCAGACAGGAUUUUUUUAGGUAUGGGUUUGUUUCAAGUGUAGAACUUUGAAGAUUAUCUUGAUCUGGGUUUGCGGAGAAAAGAAAGGAAGAGAAUCAAAAUCGUUGAAUUGGUACAGAAGAUAUGAAUUUCAGGAGUUUUGAAGAGUUCUGGCCCUUUUAUGUGACACAACACUCAAAACCAGCAACAAGGCGUUGGCAUUUUUUGGGUACACUAACAAGUAUUAUCUGUUUGCUAUAUUCAAUGUUUUUCAAUUGGUGGCUUUUGUUCUUUGUGCCAUUGUUUGGUUAUGGUUUUGCUUGGUACAGCCAUUUCUUUGUGGAAAGGAAUGUUCCUGCAACUUUUUCUCAUCCAUUUUGGUCUCUCUUAUGUGAUUUUAAGAUGUUUGGAUUGAUGCUAACUGGCCAAAUGGAUAGAGAGAUCAAAAGGCUUGGAAAGAGGCCUGUAUUGCAAGGAUUUUAGUCACUUUUUAUGCAAGCAUUUUUCUUGUUUUGUUAAUGUAAUAAUCCUACACGAAACAAAAUCAAUAUGGUUCAAUUUAAUUUCCUCUUGAAUGGCUUUGGUA